GCACAAUGUUCGCCUUUGCGCCAUCUCCAGUUUCUCACGCCCCGAUGCGUCUCCGAGGAUGAUUGUACGGUAUCGACACCUGCUAGCGACCACCUUAGCCACGAUACCCUGAACCUGUCGUCUAUGCCGCCCCUCGCUGCGCCGACUUCACAGAAACUACCAUGCCUGGUCUACCCUCUACCGUAGACCUCGACGAGUGCAUAUCGCGGCUGUCGAAGAAAGAGCUGCUCGCCGAGUCCGUGAUCGAGGCAAUAUGCGCCAAAACGAAGGAGCUCCUUAUGAAGGAGAGCAACGUCGUGCACAUAAGAGCGCCGGUGACCGUUGUCGGUGACAUCCAUGGCCAGUUCUUCGACAUGAUGGAGAUUUUCAAGAUCGGAGGUCCAUGUCCAGACACGAAUUACCUCUUCUUGGGGGACUACGUUGACCGCGGUCUUUUCUCAGUCGAAACGAUAUCACUGCUAGUGUGCUUGAAGCUGCGCUACCCACAUCGAGUCCACCUCAUCCGUGGCAAUCACGAGUCCCGCGGCGUUACCCAAUCGUACGGCUUCUACACCGAGUGCUCUCGAAAGUACGGCAACGCGAACGUGUGGCAUUAUUUCACCGACAUGUUCGACUUCCUGACACUGUCAGUUGUUAUCAACGACCAGAUCUUCUGCGUACACGGCGGUCUAUCGCCUUCCAUACAUUCUAUCGAUCAGAUCAAGAUCAUUGAUCGCUUCCGCGAGAUCCCACAUGAAGGGCCAAUGGCGGAUCUGGUAUGGAGCGACCCAGAUCCCGAGCGAGAUGAGUUCUCGCUCAGUCCCCGAGGAGCUGGAUAUACAUUCGGCGCACAAGUAGUGAAGAAGUUCCUGGAGGUCAACGCUAUGUCGCAUAUUCUACGAGCGCAUCAGCUAUGCCAGGAAGGCUUCCAGGUGCUGUUCGACGACAGACUGAGUACUGUAUGGAGUGCGCCCAAUUACUGCUACCGUUGCGGAAAUAUGGCAAGCGUACUGGAGGUUAGCGACACCGGCGAACGUUUCUUCAACGUCUUCGACGCAAGUCCGGACAAUGAUCUGCACAGAGCUGAGCAGCAACAACAGCAGGGCAAGGAUGUGACAACAGAGUACUUCUUAUGAUACCCACUGCACGUACUUGUGCGACAUGGCAUUGGGGCUAGAGUUGCAUGCGGCGUACGGUAUUGUCUGCCUAAUCAUCAGCAGGGCGUUUGAGCAAUUUAAGACCUGAGUUGGCAGGCAUUGCAUAGACCCUUGUAGUUUAGAAGAAAUUGCAUUGAAAAAAGAGAGAAUUCCUAAUGCGACUCUAGGGAGCGCGUGCGAUGCAUGUAAAUGCAACCAUGGGUCCAUUCUCGGCCUUUCUAGCAAUGCAUUUCUCUCAACAUCCCAGAUACUUUGUUUCAACCCAGCGGUUCUCCAUGUCAUCUCCAAUCCUCGCUACCACUAUCUUGAUCUCCGGGAAGACACUCAGCACACGAUUCAUACCAACGCGACCAGCUGCAUAUGUGACGAAUGCUAUCCUCUCUUCUGGGACACCAUGAUCCACCAAGACUUGGACUGCCAUCAAGGCCGCAGCACCGGAGGAGAAUUGCGGAUC